CUGCAUACAUAAACACAAAUUCGAUCUCUUGCAGCUUUCUCAAAUUGUUUACCAGUCAGAAAGGCUUAGCAUUCUAACUAAUCAUUCUGAUAAUCACACAUGGAGGGAAGUUCUAGCAGUGAUGAGUUGUCCAAGAUCAGCCUGAGGCCAUUGGCUCUUUCGGACAUCGAUGAUUUCAUGGUCUGGGCCACUGAUGAAAAAGUGACUCGCUUCUGCACUUGGGAGCCUUACACCAGCAAAGAAGAUGGCAUUAAAUUCAUCAAGGAACAGGUUCUCCCACACCCCUGGUUCAGGGCAAUCUGCCUAGACAACAAGCCAAUUGGCGCCAUUUCGGUGUCCUCAAAAUCGGGGAAUGAUCGUUGUAGAGGUGAACUCGGCUAUGUUUUGGGGUCCAAGUACUGGGGGGAAGGGAUUGCAACACAAGCUGUGAAAAUGGUGGCUGAUACUAUAUUUAAAGAAUGGACUCAUUUGGAGAGACUUGAAGCUCUUGUUGAUGUGAACAAUGUGCGAUCACAGAGGGUUCUGGAGAAGGCAGGGUUCCUGAAGGAAGGUGUUCUCAGAAAAUAUAAAGUUUUGAAGGGAAGAACUUGGGAUAGAGUGAUGUAUAGUCUUCUUUCUACAGAUCGAUGUCAAACUUGAUGUAUUUGCUGUAAACUUAUGUGUUUUGAAGAUCAUGCAUGUGGAUACAAGGGUAUUCCAAUAAAAUUAUUUGGUUGCCAUAUACAAUUGAAAAUGAAUCUGAUACUGUA